GGCCAAAGUCAAAGGCCAUAUUUAUCUACUGUGACUGGCCAAAGACAUUUUAUUCUUGAAGACAUUAUUGCCUACUCACUUUUAAAAACAAGAAAGUUGGGUGAUAUGCUAAAUCACACAGUAUCAAAAUUGGUUCAUCUAGAAAAUUGUCUCAGGAGGCUGAAGCACAUAGUGUAUCCAAUGUCCAAAUUUAGUUCCGCAACUCUGUUUACUGAUGAAAAACAAACACAACUCUACGCAAAGUUCAGACCCACAUAUACAGAUGAAAUUUUCAAAAGAAUUAUUGAAUUUUGCAAAGAAGGAGAUUGUGAUUUUCAGUUAGCUGUCGAUGUUGGAUGUGGAUCUGGACAAAGUACCAUUCCACUUGCUCAACACUUUAAUAAGGUAAUAGGUGCAGAUGUGAGCCAGCAACAAAUUGCAAAUGCACCAAACAACAUUUCAAAUGUUUCUUUCCAUGUGUCUGCUGCUGAUGAGCUGAGUUUCAUUCAGUCCAGUUCUGUUGACCUACUUACAAUUGCACAGGCUUUACACUGGCUGGAUCUGUCAAAAUUUUACAAGGAAGUCAGCAGAGUUUUGAAACCUGGAGCCUCAUUGGUUGCUUAUGGAUAUGGAGUUUGCCAGGUGGAGCCAGAAAAAGCUGGUCAAAUAUUUUCACAUAUCUAUAACGAUGUAUUACCAGACUAUUGGGCUGAAGGUCGUAAGAUGGUGGAAGAGAAAUACAUGUCCUUAGAGCUUCCGUAUCCUGGUUGGAGAAGGGAUGACAGCCUUAGCAUCAAGAAAGUGUGCAGCGUGGCUGACUUCAUUGGCUACAUGGGAUCAUGGUCAGCUGUCACCAACUAUAACAAGUCUCAUCCAACAGAGGACCUGCUGGGGCUAGUGGAGAAACAAUUAAAUAACUCAUUUGAUCCUGAAACUGAAGACAAGGUACUUAAAGUGGAAUGGCCAGUGUUUAUGUUGAUGGGAAAGAAACCAAAAUGAUAAAGAUGAAGUUCCUCUUUUUAUAGCUUAAACCAAAAUCAAAUAAAUAUUGUUAUGGGUUGAUGUAUAAUAAUUAAUAUCCUCAAAUGUGCCAUAUCAGUACUCAGUGCUCAUGUUCAUAUUUUUUACACUAACAAAGUACAGUUUAUGUUGAAGUUGUUGUGAACAUGCAAUGGUUUUACAGUAUACUUUGAUAUCAUUAAUGUUUAUUUAUAGCCAAAAUAAAGUUGUCCAAAG